CGCUCGCUCACUGAGUCACUCUCAGAGUCGGACACGAGAACGUGCUAGGACGUAUAGUUAUGAGUACUAGGAUGCGUCACUGUCCUCUAUUCUGACUUAUGCGGCAGCAUACAUGGCAAGUGCGCCAAUCGUAAAUAGUCCUUCAGCCUUCAGGAUCGUAAAGCGUGGCGGAGACGUCGGCCCGUGCUUCCCCAAAUCUUCUGUCUCUUCAAGCCAACGGCCAUGGUCAAAGGCUCCCAGCUUUCCCAACUCAAAUCCGCCCUAUCUCAGGCGGGCGUUGUAGGGAACGACCCCCAAUCAAAGAAACGAAAACGUUCAUCGCCCACAGAAAAAGACAAGGAAAAACGGGCUGCCAAACUUGAUGAAAUCCAGCGCCGUCUUAACCCAUUCGACACCAAGGUCACGAAACUCAAACACCAUGUCGCCGGUAGAAAGCUCAAAGGUGUUACCGGGAAACCAGCGCAGAGUAAGAUGGCUGGCAUUGAGCAGCGGAAAAAAACCUUGCUCAAGGAAGUUGAAGAGAGAGGUCGCGCUGGAGGAAUUCUGGACCGUCGGUUCGGUGAAAAUGAUCCGACUAUGAGCUUGGAAGAGCGUAUGUUAGAACGGUUUACGAGAGAACGCCAACGUGCUUCAAAGGGCUCCGCGUUCAAUUUGGAGGACGAAAAUGAACUCACUCAUUAUGGUCAAAGUUUGGCGGAUAUAGAUGACUUUGAUAAUACAGGUCUGGCUUUAGAUGAUGACGACGAAGAAGAUAACGGCUCAGGACAAAUCGACCGUGAAAUCGUGAAACACACACAUUUCGGUGGCUUUGAUGUGGAUGAAGACGACGGCGAAGAGCCUGCCCAGAAAAAAUCAAAAGCAGAAGUAAUGGCAGAGGUAAUCGCGAAAAGUAAAGAGCACAAGAUGCUCAGACAAAUGGAAAAAGACCACGUAGAGAAUCUUCGACACGAAGUGGACCAAGACUUUGAUUCCAUUCGUGGCCUACUCUUUGCCACCGAAUCAGCACCUCAAGGAACCGACGCCAACGCAGUAGCUCUCGGGAUACGGAACAUUGAUACUGCUCUACUAGAGGACAAAAAACUCGAUUAUGAUCAGAACGUCAAGGAGCUCAUGUUUGAGAAGCGUGCUAAACCGAAGGAUCGAACGAAGACGGAAGAGGAACAGGCUCUUGGAGAGAAAGAAGCUCUUGAAAAGGCCGAACGACAAAGAAGGAAACGUAUGUUUGGUCUAGAGGACAGUGAUAAUGAAGACGAAGGAAACAAAAGGAAGAAGCGGCAGCGUGGUGGAGAUGAUUUGGAGGACGAUUUCAUGGAUGAAGUCAUUGGCUAUACGGGGCUUGGGGCGGGAUUGGAAGGAGUGGGUUCAGGUCGCGAUAAUGAGGAAGGGGAAGACGAAAAAGAUGAAGAUGAAGAUGACGAUGAAGAAGGGGAGCUUGAGCAGGAUGUUGAAGAUGAAGAGUGGGAUGGGAUCUCAGAUGAAAGUCAUCAAGACUUAGAUGGAGAUGCGAGUGACAAGAUCUCGGUAGCCCCAAAGAAGAAAUCGAAGUCGUCGAAAACCGGGCAGUCUGGGCAGGAACUACCUUUUACCUUUCCAUGCCCCGCAUCCCACGAAGAAUUUCUGGAAAUCGUCGAGAACGUACAGGAGGAUGACAUUCCUACCGUCGUGAAACGGAUUAGAGCGCUACACCACGCGAGUCUGACUCCAGACAACAAAAUCAAGCUACAAAAACUGAACGGCGUGUUGAUCGACCAUAUUCUCUACGUAGUCUCACCACCUCAACCGAGACUCAACCUGGCAAAUUCUCUCCUACCGCAUUUGUACGCUCUCACGCGAGCGUACCCCAUUCAAUCCGCGGAAUACUUUAUCCACAAGCUCUCCAUCAUGCACAAAAACCUGAAGCGUGGUCUGUCACGAGACCCUUCUGAUCCUGCGUCCAAGACAUGGCCGGGUCUUCCAGAAUUGACCCUCUUUCAGGUUAUCGGUACAACAUGGCCAACAAGUGAUAUGAACCAUGCGGUUAUAUCUCCUACCCGAAUCCUUAUGGCGUCCUAUCUCGGCCUAUGUCGAGUUCGGUCUCUGGAGGACAUCGCCAGCGGCCUCUUCCUUUGCACGUUAUUCCUUCAGUUCGAGCAACUCUCGAAACGGUUUGUUCCAGAAAUCAUCAAUUUUAUGUUGAACAGCGUUUUACACCUCACGCGUAGUCGGUUCAAAGAUGUCAAAGAGCUUCCCGGGACGUUUCCUGCUCCUGAUUUUCGAUCAGAUAUAAUUCGCAAUACAGUGGUCGGGUCGAAGCUAUCGACAUUGGGAGAGCAGGGAAUAGAGAGAGCAAAUUUGCCCAAAAUAUUGCUUGGUCGACAUAGCGGGAGUGACAAGCUUAAUUUGCUUGCGCUGUCUUUGGAUCUUCUUACCAGAUAUGCAGACGCGUAUAAAGGGCUAGAAGCGUUCAUAGAAAUUUUUGAACCGGUGUUGGAAGUGUGUGAAGGUCUUGAUGUGUCGGAACGGGGAAAAGAGAUACAGCAACGCCUUUCCUCUAUUGUGGAAUCUCUCAGUAGACUUCUCAAAUUCGCUCGAAAAUCACGACACCCACUGACGCUCCAGAACCACAAACCUAUUCCCAUCCCUUCAUAUGUCCCCAAAUUCGAAUCGACAUUUUCUUCCUAUCUUCGUGCUCAAGAUCCAGACCGGGAGAGGAACGAAGCUAAUAAGUUGCGCAGUCAGUAUAAAAAGGAAAGAAAAGGUGCUAUACGAGAAUUACGCAAAGAUGCUAGGUUUUUGGCUGGAGUCGAGCAGGCUAAACAGAAGGAGAAGGACAGGAGUUAUAACGAGACGUUGAAGAAGGCGUUUACUUCUAUUGAGAGUGAGAGGGCUGAACAGAAAAGUAUGGAAAAGGAGAAAGCGAAAGCGAAGCGGAGAGCGGGGAAGUGAUUUUGUAUGUGUAGUGUACCUGGGCAUCAUACUAACACAGGAAGAAUUGAAACGUAAUUCAUAUGAUUU